AUGAGUGAACAUGAAUCAUACGGGGAGAAUCGAUCUUCAAAAAGGCGAAAAAGGAAAGAAAAGAAAAAGUCUAAACAUAGAAAAGUAAAAAAGAAGAAGUAUAGCGCUGAAUCACGUAGUCCUUCACUAUCGCUAUCAUCUCAAUCACCGUCAAUAUCAGAAUCUGAAUUAGCAAAUGAUUAUCAUUCCAGAGUUUUACCGGUGGAGGAACAAAUAAAUAAUUUUCGAGAGCUUAGAAGUUAUUACAAUGACAGGGAGCAAUUGUUAAGCCUAGCUAUCGAUCACUUAAAUAAUGAAUUUGAAGAUAUAAUACCUGAAAUUUUACGGGAAAUUGGUCUGGAUGAACUUAAGGCUAUGUGUCUAUCGGAACUAUCGACAUUAAAGUCUAAUACUUUACGAGACAUUUUGGGAAUGGAAAGAGCAAGUUCCGAUGACGAGGAUUUACAAAUGCGAGAAGAAGAAUUACAACAGUGUCAAUCUAGCGACCAAGAUAUUAGUAGUUCUGCGAGUGUAGACAAGGAAGUCCAAAUAGAUGGUAACACUCUUGCUGAUACUGACGCCACUGCAGUCACUGAAGAUAUUCAAAUAGCCGACAAAAAUCCAAACUCAAGCAAUCAACAGGGAUCCACAUCAACGGUUACCGAUAUACCUGAUCGUACCGAUUCAACAAGUGAUGACUCCGGCUCAGAUAAUGAGGUGUUGGAAAGAAAAUUAAGAGAAAAAUUAUUAAGGUCUUUACUGGAAAAUAAAAAAAAGCGAAAAUGCUAG